AUGUCAUGUGCAGUGCGAUCAGUGUGGCUCAACAGCCUCGACGCCAAGGCGUUUCGAAAAGCCAGCGACCCUGAGCGAGCAAGACACGACAACGCCGGAUUAGUAAUGACCGAAGGUCCGGCCUCGAAGCGGUCGACCAACAGGCCUCGCUCGGAACGUGUUGUGUCCGUUCGCAGGAAUGGAAAUGUGUUGGAUCGACUACUAGAACCGCUUUCAGCCGACGCUACGGUUGCUCGCACGGACGAUCCACGCGUGCUCAACAAGGACACCCACUCCGGUGCCUCCGUCAAGGCCGACAAGCACUCGAAGGACCCCAAGACGUUGCAGAAGGAACACGCCAACUCGGUCAACAACCAGUCCGGUUCCGGCAAAGUCACCGCUAGCCCCAACGAUGUUCCCACCGACUCCGAGGACAGCGUCCACGGUGAAAAGCACUCCAAAUCGCCCGAGCAGUUGCAAAAGGAACACACCGGUAACUAG